AUGGACCACUGCACAUGGGGCACCUGCGUCCUCUGCCUGCUGGGCCCAGUACCGAUGGCACUGGGCUAUGUGCACCCAGAAUGUGAUGUCAUCACCCAGUUGAGAGAGGACGAGAUUUCCUGUCUGCAAGCAGCGGAUGGGAUGCCCAACACUACCAUGGGCUGCCCUAGGACCUGGGAUGGACUGCUGUGCUGGCCAGUGGCAGGCUCUGGAGAGUGGGUCACCCUCCCCUGCCCGGAUUUCUUUUCUCACUUCAGCUCAGAGCCAGGGGCUGUGAAGCGGGAUUGUACCAUGACAGGGUGGUCUGAGCCUUUCCCACCUUACACUGUGGCCUGCCCUGUGCCCCUGGAGCUGCUGGCUGAGGAGAAAUCGUACUUCUCUGCAAUGAAGAUCAUCUACACCAUGGGCCAUAGCAUCUCGGUUGUAGCCCUCUUUAUGGCCAUCACCAUCCUGCUCACUCUCAGGCGGCUCCACUGCCCCCGGAACUACAUCCAUACCCAGCUGUUCACCACCUUCAUCCUCAAGGCAGGGGCUGUGUUCCUGAAGGACGCCGCCCUCUUCCACGGGGAUGACACUGACCACUGCAGCUUCUCCACUGUUCUGUGCAAGGUCUCUGUGGCAACCUCCCAUUUUGCCACCAUGACCAACUUCAGCUGGCUGUUGGCAGAAGCCGUCUACCUGACCUGCCUCCUGGCCUCUACCUCCCCCGGCUCCAGGAGCGCCUUCUGGUGGCUGGUUCUUGCUGGCUGGGGGCUGCCCAUGAUCCUCACCGGCACGUGGGUGGGCUGCAAGCUGGCUUUCGAGGACAUCGCGUGCUGGGACCUGGACGACAGCUCCCCCUACUGGUGGAUCAUCAAAGGGCCCAUCGUGCUCUCCGUUGCGGUGAACUUUGGGCUUUUUCUUAAUAUUAUUCGCAUCCUGCUGAGGAAAUUGGAACCAGCUCAGGGCAGCCUCCACACCCAGUCUCAGUAUUGGCGUCUCUCCAAGUCGACGCUUCUUCUUAUCCCACUGUUUGGAAUUCACUAUAUCAUCUUUAACUUCCUGCCUGACAAUGCUGGCCUGGGCAUCCGCCUCCCAUUGGAGCUGGGACUGGGCUCCUUCCAGGGCUUCAUUGUUGCUGUCCUCUACUGCUUCCUCAACCAAGAGGUGAGGACUGAGAUCUCACGCAAGUGGCAUGGCCAUGACCCUGAGCUUCUGCCAGCCCGGAGGACCCAAGCUAAGUGGACCAGGCCUUCCUGCUCUGGGGUGCAGGGGCUGACAUCUGUGUGCUAG